AUGGCGGAGGAUUUCUACGACGUGAGCGUCAUGGGGUCGUACGCGGAGCUGCACGAGCGCGGCAUGGGGCGGCGGCUCCGCGGCGGCGGCGACGACGCGUCGCGCGGACGGCGUCGCGUGACGUGGGAGGACGAAUCCGAGAGACCCUCCGCGCGCGGGCGCGGAAGGGAUCGCGGAGAGAGCGGGGACGUCUCCGCGUCGUCCUCGGCAGCGCGCGACGACGACGACGACGACGGCGGGGGCGGGGGCGAUGGCGACGACGCCGACGCGCGCGCGCGCGGGCGCGGGCGCGGCGGCGAGCCGUCGUCCUCGUCCACCAGAUGCUGCGCGUGGAACUCGUCGAAGCGAGUCGACGGCGAAAGAGAGCCAUCAUCGGGGAAGCCGCCCAGGAGCCACUCGUCCUCGCGCGAGCGCUCGUCCACCGCGGUGUCGCUCCUCCGCACGCGCGAGAUGGAGCCCGCGCGGCACGUCGUGCCGAUGCCGACGCCGCGCGGCCCCGGCGAGCCGUCGUCGAGCUCGAGCGGCGGGGACGAUCGGGAUCGACCAUCGACUCAUCGACACCAACACGUGGACGCCGUCCGACGACAUCUCGCCAAGCCGGUGUCGCUCAGCGCUCUCCUCCGCGACGCGCCGUGCGCGUUCGAUCCGACGAAAUCGCGCAUAUCCGUCGUGGACAAGCGGUUGUCGAUCAUCGACGCGGUUCCGCCCGCGUACCGACCGACGCAGCGGCUGUACGCGUCGCACAAUCGCAUCGCGUCUCUGGCGGGAUUGGCGCAAUUUCGAGAGUUGCGGCUUCUCAGCGCGGGGGAUAAUCCGAUCGACGACAUCCCGCAGCUCGACGCGCUCGCGCGCGGGUGCCCGCACCUCGAGGCGCUAUCGCUCGAGCUCACGCCGGUCUCGCGGCUGCCGUUCUAUCGCGCGCACGUGUUGGCGCGAAUGCCGCGGUUGAAAUCCUUGGACGGGAAGGCGACGACGCGAGAGGAAAUCGUCGCCGCGCCGGGACGCGUCCGACGCGACGUUCGAUCGUUAGAGAUGCUCAUGUCCGCCGCGGUGACCGCGGCGAAGCUGCGCCGCGCGUACGCGUUGAGCCUCGUGCAUCAGGAGCUUCGAGAGGUUGUGUUCAGCGCGAACGGCCCGGUCGAUCCGAGAAGUUUCCCGUCGAGAGCCGACCGCGCGGGCGCCGACGUGGUGGAUCCGCGAACGUUUUUGAAGCUGUGCCAGCCCGAGCGAACGAUGACCGCGAGCGAGGUCGCCGCGCUCGCCAAGUCGCUCCGCGUCGCGACCGCGCUCGAGGCGAAGAGAAUUAGUACUAGUAACGACGAUCGGGGAACCAGCGUUAACGAAGAAGCGCGGUGGGAGGCGGCGUACGCGGCGGCGCUCGCGAGGGAACAGGCGCGUUUUAUCUCACACUGGUCCCCAUACGACCGCGUCGGCGUGACCGACACGGCGGCGUUGCUUUCGUAUCUCGACGACGCCAACGCACGGACGAAGGACCGUCGUGAAGCGUCCGUCGCGGACCCGUUCGCGACCGCGCUUCGGUGGGGGUUCGAGGCUGCCGCCGCGAGGGAGGUGGAGGUGAGGAGCGACCGCGAGGCGGCGCUGACGGACAUCAUGGACAACGAAGCCGCGGCUUCGUAUCGUUUCGGGGAGAUUUUGAGAGGCGACGCGCCGGCGGCGGCGCCGGCGGCGGAGACGAGCCGCGUGGAGCGACCGCGCACGCCGACGCACCGACGCGAGCGUCGCGACGAGCGGGAAGAAGUUGAAGAUUUCCGUCUCGACGACGACGACGACGACGACGACGACGACGACGGAACCUUCAACGUCGAGGAAGCGUGGGUAAACUCCGACGCCGUGUUUGACGAACGCCUCGACGACGACGCCGACGCGAUUCGACGCGGGAGAGGAUUCUCGCACGGGGCCACCGUCUCCGCGCGGCGGCAUUCGUCCGCGCCGCCGUCGCCGACGGGGCGAGCGCGAGAGCGCGCGCCCCCGCGGCCGCGGCCGCGCGCGCGCUCGACGUCCAGGGAGCGGGUACCAGGCGCGGGGUACGCCUGGGGCGACCACUGGUACGACGGGCACGUGGCCGCGACGUCGACGGCGACGGCGACGGCGGCGAGAGUAAAGUGGGGGUACGGCCCCGGGACCGCCGCCGCGGCCGCGCGCGAGACCGCGGCGGCAAAAAAACGCGUCGGCGACGCCGCGAUGGCCGCGGCGGAAAGGGGCAGGGGGAGAGGGCGAACGCGGACGCCGCGGAGCCGGGACGUCAGCCGGGACGUCAGCCCUUCGAACGGCCGCGGGUGGGACUCGCUCGAGGGCGCGCGGCGGUCAGCGGAGAUGUCGCGCGGAGAUGCUUCGCCCGCGAAGCCGGAACGCCAGGCCACGACGACGACGCGACAACGCGCUAGACCGUACCCCCCUCGCGAUCUGUACGACAUGUUGUCCCAGGAAGUCGACGCGCUUCGAACGGCGCUGGAGUCGCACGCCGCCGGGGAGACGGAGCUCCUCGCCGCCAACGCGGAGCUUCGUCGCCGCGUCGAAGCGGCGGAGGGGGACGUGGAGAAGGCGAAGAUCCACGGCGUCGCCGCGGCUGCGGAGGAAGCUGCGCGCGCCGCGCACGCGGUCGCGCGAGCGCGAGCGGACGCGCACGCGGCCGAGGCGAGAGAGAAGGAGGCGGCGGAGAGGCUGAGGACGCUGGAGGCGGAGCGAGAGACGGCGGCGAAGGCCGCGGCGGCGGCGGCGAGAAAAAUCGCCGACGCGACCGAAGAAGCGGAGACGCUCAGGCGAACGCUCGCGGCGCUCGAGGACGCGGAGAGGAAGAAGGAGAGCGUGGACGCCAUGGCGAGUCGCAACGCGGGGAAGAAAGCGCUUCGGAUGUGGCGCUCGCGCGUCGCCGCGUCCAAGGUGGCGCGCGUGCUCGCGUACGCGCGCCGCCGACGCGCGGCGCAGUGGGCGCUGACGCUUUGGAUGUGGCGCACGCGCGCGCAGCGACGCCUUCGCGUCGUGUACGAGAGGCAAACAAACAAGGUGGGCGUCGUCGUGAUGAGGAAAUGGCGCUUCGCCGUCGCCGUCGCCGCGGUGACGCGAUGUUUACGACGACGACGCGCGCUCCGGCGAUGGGCGCGCAACGUCAGAAUACUCAAGGACACGCGCGACGCGUGGCACGCGCAGUUCACGGCCACGUGGAGCGCGAACGCGGCCGCGAGGGUAUUCGACGCGUGGCGACGCGCGUCUCGGAGCACCAAGUCGCUCGCGGAGUACUCGGACGCGCUGUUGCGCGCGUCGAACCCGCGUUUGCACCGCGCGAGAGACCGAACCGCGUUGGCGUCGGCGCUCAGCGCUUGGCAUCUCGAGGUGACCCGCUCGCAGCGCGCGCGCAUGGAGCACCUCGCGGAGACGUGCGACGGCCUCGCCGCCGCGGCGUCGGAGGCUGCGGAAGCGGCGAGCGGCGUGGAACGCGCGAAUAACGAUUUAACGCAGGUUGAGCGGGCGUUACGAUCGGACGCGAGAACGGCGGAGAUGCGCGCGGACGCGUGGGAAAAACAAGCCGACGUGGAAGCCGCCGAGCGACGGGAAGCGCAGGACGAAGUCGAGCGCCUCCGCGAGCGCGUCCACGAGCUCGAGCUGGAAAUCGAGGAGAGAACGCGCGGAGCGGAGAGCGCCAACUGGCGGGUCGCGUUCGAGGCGGGCGAGCGCGCGAUUCUCGCCGCGGGCACGUUCUUAGAGCAGUGGGCUCUGGAGUUGCAACGCGAAAAGGCGCACGCGGAUCGGGUCAAGAACGACGCGAAGCUCGACAUCGCCUUCUUGCGCUCCAUCACGGAAGUCACCCCCGGGUCGCGCAGUCCGCGCUCGAGAGAGAACCCGCUCAAGUCGCUGCCGGUGCGCGCGAGGGAGUUGCACGACGCGCUGGAGGCGCACGCGGCGCAGGCGGCGGCGAUGCGGGAGCAGUGCGAAGCCGACGACGCGCGCCGAAAGCGCCGCGCCGCGACGGCGUCGCGGUCGCGGUCGCGGCGGGAGGGAAGCACGACGACGCGAUCCGGCGAGGAAGACGACGACGACGACGAGAGCUUCCCGACGCCGGUGAGCGAACGACGGUGGCCGCCGGGGAGCGCGGGGGGGUCGACGUCGAACGCGAACGGAGGAGGGUUCGAAUUCGCCGCGAGGAGCACGCCGGCGUUUCGCAUACGAAGCCGGCCGUCGCUCUCUCCGACGUCGCGGUCGCACGAUCCGUAG